UCCUCCAGUGAUUUCGGUUUCACAUCUGUGUCUUUUUUUCUUAACACUUUCCCGUUAUCAGGUGUUCUAUUAUGUUACUGGUUGGGAACAUUUUUUUGUUUGUUUGGAUGAAUCCGACAGUUGGAUUACUUGAAACCUAGUGAAAUACCCCUUUAAGGCUAAGGUUGUAAAGCCUGCCCCUCUGAAGUCGAUCCCUCCUGCAUAAAUUCUGAAAAUGCAACAAAACUUCCCCAAAAAGUGUCACACAGCCCAAAGUUGAUGAGCAGAAGACAUCACAGACUGCCAGUGCUGAGACUGUGACAUGACUUCAAUCCUGCAUCCUGGAAGAUUUUUACUACGAAACAUCAAUAAGGCAGCCUUUCACAAGUUUAGCUCCAGUUUCAGCAAGAUGAUGCAGGCAGUGUGUGUCCAUGUACCCGGAGGACCAGAAAAUUUGCUGCUGCGAGCUGUCCCCAAACCUGAACCUAAAGAUGGAGAGGUCCUGGUUAAAGUUCAUGCAGCUGCCCUCAACAGGGCAGACCUGUUACAGAGACGAGGCUUGUACCCGCCUCCCCCAGGGGAAAGUGAUAUCAUAGGCCUGGAGGUAGCCGGUACUGUGGAUGCUCUGGGCCCAGGAUUGAAAAGGGACUGGAAACCAGAUGACAGGGUCAUGGCCUUACUUAGUGGAGGAGGAUAUGCAGAAUAUGUUUCUGUACCUGAAGAGCUCCUAAUGCCUGUUCCCUCUAACCUCACACUCUGCCAGGCUGCUGCAAUACCAGAGGCCUGGCUCACUGCUUUUCAGCUGCUGGUUUUUAUAGCUCAGGUGAAGGACAGGGAGGUGGUUCUGGUUCAUGCUGGAGCCAGCGGAGUCGGUACAGCUGCUGUUCAGCUGGUUCGUCUGUUCGGUGCUGUGCCCAUUGUUACAGCAGGGAGCCCAGAAAAACUGAGGAUGGCCGAGAAGCUGGGAGCAGCCGCUGGAUUCAACUACAGAGAGGAGAGCUUUGCACAGGGAGUUUACGACUUUACUGAAGGCAAAGGAGCAAAUGUCAUCCUUGACUGCAUUGGCGGGGCAAACUGGGAGCAAAAUGUGAGCUCCUUAGCCAUUGAUGGUAGAUGGGUGCUGUACGGUACCAUGGGAGGCCGGACCGUGGAGGGAGAUCUGCUGGGCAAACUGCUCUCCAAGCGAGGUCACUUGCUCAGCAGCCUCCUACGUUCUCGUAGUCUUCAGUACAAAGCGGAGCUGGUUAGGGCUUUCUCACACAGAGUGUUGCCAUAUUUCUCAGACCAGCCUGCCUCCUUGAGACCAGUGAUUGACAGCACGUUCAGCUUGGAGGACAUCGCAGAAGCUCACAGACACAUGGAAGCCAACAGAAACAUGGGAAAGAUUGUUGUUAAUAUGAUUUCACAAAAUAAAGAAACUCAAUGAUUAACAGCUAAUAGAUAUGCAUAUAUCUUAAAUGUACAUUGAUUUAUGUCAAGGAAUCUUACUGUACUGUUCAUUUGUCUCUUAGAUAUGCAGCAUCUAUCAAUAAAAAAGUCUAAAU